AUGGUCCUCGCAGAACGGAGCGCCAAGCGGCAACGCCUCAACAGCGCGGCAGAGGAUACGUUCAUGGCCGAGCUCCUGGCCGGCAUUGAUGCCAGCGCCUUUGAUGACCCGCCCAGCCAACCCUCGCCAAAGAAGACGCCGUUACGGCCUGUAAAUCUUACUCCUCGCUCAUCUCAAGCGACACCAUUAAAGUCGACCCGGCCACAGGUGACGCUGGUAAAGCGGCCUGCUCCCCUCUCACCAGUCAAGUCGCCAGCCAAGUCCCCAAUCAAGUCGCCAGGCAAGCACUCCAAGCUCUUCGCACCCAAAACCCGGUCAACUCCAUACUUCCGACCACCCACGAGCCCCGCGAAGCCCGACGCGUCGCGUCCACCACUCGCGACGCUACGACCCAAUGCGUUGUCGUCGCCAUCGACGGCCUUGAGGCCCAAGUACAAUGGUGUCAAGGCCGAACCUGCCUGGCUCCCCUCUCUAUCUCCCAGUUGUAAGGUCCCCCACUCCACGAGCCUUGUUGUUGAAGCGCCAACAUCACCUCGCGUUCUUCCGGAUCUGCUUGAGGCCAUUCAAGGGAGUAACGAUGAUUAUGAUGGUGACUGGGACCUCGACGCGCUUGCGAGCUUGGAUGACUCAAUGUUCAAGGAGCCGAUCAAAUAUCCAAUAGCAAACCCCGACGUACCCGCUCUCCCUGCCGGGUACGCACCAACACCUUGGGUCCGCUGCACAGUCGAGAGCGUGCAUGCGGGCAUACUCGACGACAUGCCCGAGGACGAGUUCGAUGAGGGCGAGGGGUAUGGCAAGACCCUUGUCGUGGGCACGCCCUCCGGCCGCCGCCUUGUACAGCUCACAGAGCGAUGGGCGGACCUCCGCCUGCGUCUGGGUGAUAUCGUCAACGUCAUAUCGCCACACCUGGCCGGUAAUGGGCCUAUCGCAAUCACGUUCAAGGACACGAGCUCGUAUCUCGUCGCCCAUCCCGACAUCCUCGUCACGAUGACGAGCAUAGCGAAUGCCAUGCCGUGCACUCGUCGACCACUGCUGAAUCAACUUGUGCGCCUCCCCGAGCCGGUCUCAAAACCCAUUGUGUACGGCACUAUCCUCCACGGGUUACUUCAGGAGAGCCUGCGCGAGGGCACGUUUGACCCCGCUGCGACUCGCCGGCGAGUUACAACGGAUUUAGCCACGGACGGACGCCGCCUCGAGGUGUGGGGUGCCGGGCUCGAUCCCGGAAGUGUGGCUGAAGAUCUUGGUCGACGUGCGGAGGACGCAUUCGCCUCGUUUGGACGACGCUGGGUCGGGGCCUCGCCGAAAGCGGAAGGCAACGUUGUGACUGCGCGUGAUGAGAGCGUGGGCACUGUUGCCAUUAACGGCCUACACGACGUCGAAGAGGACAUCUGGAGCCCGAAGUGGGGACUCAAGGGCAAGGUCGAUGCGAGCGUGCAGGCCAUCUUCGAACGCGACGGACAGAGCCAGGAGGUCGUCGCACCUAUGGAGAUCAAGACGGGGCGGUCAAUCGGCGGCGUACAGCACCGCGCGCAGACGCUACUGUACACCCUCCUCAUGGAGGACCGGUAUGGCCUCCCCGUCCCGGCUGGGCUACUGUACUAUUCGCAGCGCGACUUGAUUGUGCUAGUCGAGGCACGUGCCAAUGAGGUUCGCGCACUUGUCCAGACGCGCAACGAGCUCGCCGAGUGGAUGGUACGUGGGAGACAGAGCGCCGACGAGCCCUUCCUCCCGCGCACUGUCGACAACCAGCGGGAAUGCAAGAACUGCUUUGCGUCAGAAGUAUGCAUGCUCUACCGGCGAGCGAACGACAAAGUCCCCCCGAUCGAGGACGAUCCCAUCGGCGACAUUUAUGAAGACAAGACGGCUCAUCUUACCGACGAGCACGCCGAGUUCUUCAGGCACUGGGAGCGUCUCCUCACACUUGAGGAGCAGGAUACUGUGCGUCUGCGCGCUCAACUGUGGACGAUGGGGGCACAUGUGCGCCAAGCUAAGGGACGCUGUUUUGCCGACAUGGUGAUAGCAAAGGAGGAGAACGAGGGCUCUGCGCUCAGCAAGAUCAAUCACUGGGCGUACACCUUCAGGCGCGUGGAUCCGCAGGCAGGAUCCCUCCUCUCGGGUCACAUCGCGCGGAGCGACCCCGUAUGUCUCUCCCUCGAGCCAGACCUCCUCUACCUCGCACGUGGGUUCGUCACCUCUCUCAGCGCGGAGAGCGUGACCAUCACCGUCCAGAACAAGCUCGACGUGCAAACCAAACUCAAACGCGUACGCUCCACUGCCGCUCCCAUCUUCCGGAUCGACAAGGACGAGCUGAGCUCGGGCAUGACGCGCAUGCGAGGUAACCUCGCUCAGCUCUUCGUUAAGGAGGGUGACUCACGCCGACGUUCCCUCGUUGUUGACCUGGGUACUCCGCGGUUCGACAGUACGCGGGCGCCGAAGCCUCACGAGAUCCCGCCUCACCUCAACGAGGACCAGCGCGGCGCCAUGGCCAAGGUUCUCACAGCCAAGGAUUACGCGCUGGUGCUCGGUAUGCCCGGCACGGGCAAGACGACCACUGUCGCCGAAAUCAUCCGCGCAAUCGUCGCGCGUGGGCAGAGUGUGUUGUUGACGAGCUAUACCCACUCUGCUGUCGACACAAUCGUCUCCAAGCUUAUCGGUGCUGACUUUGGUGUACUCCGCCUUGGCAACGUUGAGAAGGUCCACCCCGCCGUGCGUCAUCUGACACUCGAGGCACUUGGGCCCGCCGCGACCCUCGACGAGUUUGAGGCCCGCCUCAUGUCCCCGCCAGUUGUCGCUGCCACCUGCCUGUCGAUCGAGCACCCGGUCUUCAAACGCCGCCGUUUCGACUACUGUAUCGUCGACGAGGCGAGCCAGAUCACGCUGCCUACGUGUCUUGGUCCUUUGCGGUGUGCCGAUGCCUUCGUCCUGGUCGGCGACCACUUUCAGCUCCCUCCCAUCGUCCGUAAACCUGAAGCCCGCGCUGGCGGUCUCGACAUCUCCCUCUUCCGUCGGUUGAGCGACGCGCAUCCCGCCGCCGUCGCCCCACUUGCCGCGCAGUACCGCAUGAACGCGGACAUUAUGACGGUCUCCAACGCGCUAAUCUAUGAGGAACGGCUACGCUGCGGCUCGGACGCCGUUGCUAACCAGUCUCUUGUACUUUCCGACCAGCAGAGUUGCGAGUCUCUCGGCGGGACAUGCGACAGCACCUGCUGGGUCCAGGACCUGAUGCGGGAGGAACGUAAGGCAGUCUUCGUUGACACGGACACCCUCCCAGCCAAAGAGACACGUGCCGGCGACCUAGUCCAGAACCCAACCGAAGCAGCGCUCAUCGCCACUCUCGCCCACGCUCUAGUUGCCUCCGGUACAUCUCCGUCCGACAUUGCAGUCAUCACGCCGUACCGCCAACAGAUUAAACUCAUCCAGAGGGUCCUGCACACCAUUCCCAAGGCCAAUCCCAACUCCAAUCCCAACCCCAGCCUUAACAGCGUCAGCCUGACCGACAUCGAAGUCCUGACAGCCGACAAGUCGCAGGGCCGUGACAAAGCCGUCAUCCUCGUCUCCCUCGUUCGCUCCAACGACACGGGAUCCAUCGGGGAGCUACUGCGCGAUUGGCGCCGCAUUAACGUGAGCUUUACGCGUGCCAAGGCCAAGCUUGUCGUCUUCGGAAGUUCUAGCACCUUGGCAGGUGAUCGGCUCAUGGCCGAUUUCUUGAAAUUGAUGGACUCGCGCGGAUGGAUGCUCCGUUUGCCCCCUUCUGCCAGUCUGCAUGGCGGCGAGGUACCGGACGAAACGACGGACAAGGAAAGGCGAAGCGUCCUCGGCGGGCGGAUGCUCGAGAAGAGGCCUUUCAUCACCGAGCUCCUCGCUGGAGAGUAG